GCCCGGGUCCGCGCGCUCGGGCGGCCGGCGGGCGCGGGCCGGCGCGAUGGAGCCGCAGCACGUGCGCCCCGCGCCCGGCGCCCGCAGCCCGGCCUGGGAGGAACCGGAGUCGGAGAGGAUGGCCGGGGCCGGCGGCCAGCACCACCCCCCGGGCGCCGCGGGAGGAGCGGCCGCCGCGGCCGGCGCCGCGGUCACCCCCGCCCCUGCCUCGGCGGGGCCCGGAGAGGAUUCGUCUGACAGCGAAGCGGAGCAAGAGGGACCCCAGAAACUGAUCCGCAAAGUGUCCACCUCCGGGCAGAUCCGGACCAAGACCAGUAUUAAAGAGGGACAGCUGUUGAAGCAAACCAGUUCUUUCCAAAGGUGGAAAAAGCGAUACUUCAAACUUCGAGGUCGUACACUUUAUUAUGCAAAGGACUCAAAGUCUCUGAUAUUUGAUGAAGUUGACCUCUCAGAUGCCAGUGUAGCUGAAGCAAGCACAAAAAAUGCUAACAACAGCUUCACGAUAAUCACUCCAUUCAGAAGACUAAUGCUGUGCGCUGAGAACAGGAAAGAGAUGGAGGAUUGGAUCAGCUCACUGAAGUCUGUACAGACCAGAGAACCUUACGAGGUGGCCCAGUUUAACGUGGAACAUUUCUCAGGGAUGCAUAACUGGUACGCCUGCUCCCAUGCCCGACCCACUUUCUGCAACGUCUGCCGAGAGAGUCUUUCUGGAGUCACCUCCCAUGGCCUGUCCUGUGAAGUGUGUAAGUUCAAGGCUCACAAAAGGUGUGCAGUGAGAGCAACAAAUAACUGCAAGUGGACGACCCUGGCCUCCAUCGGGAAGGACAUCAUAGAGAAUGAGGAUGGGCUGGCUAUGCCCCACCAGUGGCUUGAGGGUAACUUGCCCGUGAGCGCCAAGUGUGCUGUCUGUGACAAAACGUGCGGCAGUGUUCUCCGUCUUCAAGAUUGGAGAUGCCUUUGGUGUAAAACAAUGGUACAUACUGCCUGCAAAGAUUUAUAUCAUCCUAUAUGUCCGCUUGGCCAAUGUAAAGUAUCUGUCAUACCUCCAAUUGCACUAAACAGCACCGAUUCUGAUGGUUUCUGUAGAGCAACAUUUUCAUUCUGUGUUAGUCCUCUGUUGGUUUUUGUCAAUUCUAAGAGUGGCGAUAAUCAGGGAGUAAAGUUUCUUCGUCGAUUUAAACAGUUACUAAAUCCAGCCCAGGUGUUUGAUUUGAUGAAUGGCGGUCCUCAUUUAGGUUUAAGGUUAUUCCAGAAGUUUGACAAUUUCCGGAUUCUUGUUUGUGGAGGAGAUGGAAGCGUCGGUUGGGUUUUGUCAGAAAUUGAUAAGCUCAACUUGAAUAAACAGUGUCAGCUGGGAGUACUGCCUCUGGGUACAGGAAAUGACCUCGCCCGGGUUCUUGGCUGGGGAGGCUCCUACGAUGACGACACCCAACUUCCUCAGAUACUUGAGAAGCUGGAACGGGCCAGCACCAAAAUGCUGGACAGGUGGAGUAUAAUGACCUAUGAACUCAAAUUGCCGCCAAAGGCUUCUCUACUUCCAGAACCUCCAGAAGCGUCUGAAGAAUUUUAUAUGACAAUUUAUGAAGACUCAGUGGCAGCUCAUCUUACAAAAAUCCUUAAUUCUGAUGAACACGCAGUGGUCAUAUCAUCUGCCAAGAUACUUUGUGAAACUGUAAAGGAUUUCGUUGCCAAAGUAGAGAAGGCACAUGAGAAAACGCUGGAAAAAGCUGUUGCAGCCGACGCCGUGGCCAAUAAAUGUUCAGUACUAAAUGAGAAGCUUGAACAACUGCUCCAGGCUUUGCACACAGAUUCCCAGGCUGGUCCAAUUCUUCCGGGCAUCAGUCCUCUCAUUGUAGAAGAAGAUACUGUGGAAUCUUCCAGCGAAGAAUCCUUGUGUGAAAGCAAGGAACAACUCUUGGAUGACACUACAAAACCUUCCUCCCAGAAAGCUGUCAAACCGAGGGAAAUAAUGCUGAGGGCAAACAGUUUAAAGAAAGCAGUGAGGCAAGUCAUUGAAGAGGCCGGAAAAGUGAUGGAUGACCAGACAGUCCACUCCUCUGAACCAGUUAAUCAGUCAUUCGAUUACGAUAGCACAGAAACAGAUGAGUCUAAAGACGAAUCAAAAGAAGAUGAUGCAAAAGAGUCAUUAGCCGUUAAAACUGCACCUCGGUCUCCAGAUGGCCGGACAAGUCGUUCCCAAACUGACUCUGGUUCUGGUCCAGCUGUGGCAGCCAGCAAAGAAAACCUCCCUGUGCUCAAUACCAGAAUAAUCUGCCCAGGUUUAAGAGCGGGACUAGCUGCCUCAAUUGCUGGAAGUUCUAUUAUCAACAAAAUGUUACUAGCGAAUAUUGAUCCUUUUGGUGCAACGCCAUUUAUUGACCCAGAUCCAGACUCAGUAGAUGGCUAUUCAGAAAAAUGUGUCAUGAACAAUUACUUUGGGAUUGGAUUAGAUGCAAAAAUUUCAUUAGAAUUUAAUAAUAAGAGAGAGGAGCACCCUGAAAAAUGCAGGAGCCGAACAAAAAACUUGAUGUGGUAUGGAGUCCUGGGAACCCGGGAGUUAUUACAGAGAUCAUACAAGAAUUUGGAACAGAGGGUUCAACUUGAGGGUCUUCCAGACUUGUGGCUUUGCUCUUUUUAUCUGACCUCUAAGCUUUUGACCUUACAGUGUGAUGGGCAGUAUAUUCCUCUCCCCAGUCUGCAAGGAAUAGCGGUGUUGAACAUUCCCAGCUAUGCCGGAGGCACUAACUUUUGGGGUGGAACUAAAGAAGAUGAUAUAUUUGCUGCGCCGUCGUUUGAUGACAAGAUCCUGGAAGUCGUUGCAAUAUUUGAUAGCGUGCAAAUGGCAGUUUCAAGGGUCAUUAAACUGCAGCACCAUCGAAUAGCCCAGUGCCGUACAGUAAAAAUCACUAUAUUUGGUGAUGAGGGAGUCCCAGUGCAGGUGGAUGGCGAAGCGUGGGUUCAGCCUCCAGGGAUUAUCAAAAUUGUGCACAAAAACAGAGCUCAGAUGCUCACCAGGGACAGGGCCUUCGAAAGCACUCUGAAAUCUUGGGAAGAUAAGCAGAAGUGUGAUUCUGGUAAACCAGUUCUUCGAACCCAUUUGUACAUCCAGCAUGCGGCUGACCUGGCGACCGAAGAGGUGUCUCAGAUGCAGCUGUGCUCGCAGGCGGCGGAGGAGCUCAUCACCAGAUCCCCUCCAACACACACGUGCACACAGCUGUGUUCUCCGACUUCCUGAAACACGGUGGAGGACGCACCUAACGUUCCCUGUUGUUUCAUGUAACUUUUAAAUAUUAUAUAUAACCCUUCCAUUAUUAUUUCCCCAGUUUACACAUAAUCUUUACACUCUACUACUCACUUAUAUGGUGCCUUCUAAUUAUUAAGUCUUUAUGGGAUGUGGAAGGAAAUGCAAACAGUAACCCUGCCCAAAAAAAAAAAAAAAACAAAAACGGGUCGGGGGAGUGGGGGGAUGGUGGUGGGAACAGUCCAAGUAUCAGUUUCCGGCAGACGCAUCACAGAGUUUGUGAGACCACAGAAGUUAAUUUUAGCAGACAGAAAGAGACAAUUAAGAAAACAAGUUCUGUGAAUGCAAAACAGAUAAAAAUCACUAUGACCAGGAAUAAACUUCAGAGGGGAGGAGAGACCACAGGCAAGUUUCUUAUCUCCUUCUCACCUAAAUCUUACCUACCACAUGGGGGUAAGAGCUGCCUGAUCAGGUCGCCCUGAAGAUUAAGUGAAACGUACUAUGUGAAGUGCUUAUUAGCGCAGCGCGUCUGGCGAGUUCAGUGUUCUGUGCACGGUCAGCUGUUGGAUUCUUCCCACACCUUCACCUGAUCACUGAUCAAAAUGUUGAAAUAGAAAAGAAGGAAAGCAGAGCUCGGGGUCCAGGGGGCUAACUUGCUCCCUUUCCCCUCCCUACGCUCUCCAUCUGCUCUCUCACUCACUCCUUAUUUUCCCCUUUAAAUACGUGUUAGAUACCCAGAAUAUACUAGAUGUUGGAGAUAUGAGAAAAGAUACACACUCCCUACUGCUGGAGCACAAUAUGUAGAAUUAGAAUAAAGUAUGAUAACUGCAAGCUACUGAGUAGCUUAGAAGAAAGGUAAGGGAAAAUGAAGAUUUAGCCAGCUGAAUCCACAUAACUGCUUUACUGUGCAUCUCAGCUUUUUAUCCACAGAGAUAGUAUUUUUAAGGUAAAUAUCAAUACAUCUUCUUUAGAUACUACCAACAGCUUUUUUGGACUUCAGUUUACAGCAUUGUAUGCGUGUGUGUGUUUUCUUUUUUCCUGGCUUUAGUGAGGUAUAAUUGACAAAUAAAAAUUCUAUAUAUUUAAGGUACAUCAGAUCAAUGUGAUGAUUUGAUGUACAUAUACAUUGUAAAAUGGUUACUACAAUCCAGCUAAUUAAUACUUUAUGGAAAACUGUAAGGAGGUUCCUUGGUUUUCUUCCUUUUUUUUAAAAGGUUUAUUAUUUAUUUAUUGGCUGCGUCAGGUCUUAGGUGCAGUACUCAGGAUCUUUCCUUGCAGCGCAAGGGCUUCUCUCUAGUUGUAGUGUGUGGGUUCUCUCUUCUCUAGUUGUGGCACAUGGGCUCCAGAGCAUGCGGGCUCGGUAGUUUGUGGCACACAGGCUCUCUAGUUGAGGCUCACGAGCUCCGUAGCUGUGGCGUAGGGGCUUUGUUGCCUCGUGGCAUGUGGGAUCUUAGUUCCCAGACCAGGGAUCAAACCUGCGUCCCCUGCAUUGCAAGGCAGAAUCUUUACCACUGGAUCAACAAGGAAGUCCUCUUUCUUUCUUUUCUUUUGGAGGGGGGUGCACCAGAGGCUUGCGGGAUCGUAGUUCCCCACCCAAGGAUUGAACCUGUGCCCUAGCAGUGAAGGCGGGGGAUCCUAACCACUGGACUACCAGGAAAUUCCCGAGUUUUCUCAAAACUAAAACAUGCUCCCUUGAAACCACAAUAUUCGUCCUGUAUUAUCAUCCUGUCAACCAAUCAGAUAACCUUAUUUUUUAAAAAAAGGGGGGGUGGGAGCAGAGUGAAGGUUGACCAGCUUUGCUUUUGGUCUGCCUAGCUUGAUUCCCCAUCUGUUGUUAUAAAUUUUGCAAAUGAUGAAAAUCAGGCUCACUCAUCAAUUUUCAGAAUGUAUUCAUUCAAUAUUUUUUAAGCUCUUUGAGUAUAAUUUGUUUACACUGUUGUGCCAGUUUUUGCUGUACAACAAAGUGAAUCAGCUGUAUUUAUACAUAUAUCCCCAUAUCCCCUCCCUCCCGUGACUCUUUCCCACCCUCCUCAUCCCACCCCUCUAAAUCAUCACCAAUCAUCAAGUUGAUCUCCCUGUGUUAUGCAGCAGCUUCCCACUAGCCAUCCAUUUUACAUUUGGUAGUGUAUAUACGUCAAAAUGCUACUCUCUCACUAUGUCCUAGCUUCCCCUUCCCCACCAUGUCAAGUCCAUUCUCUACAUCUGCAUCUUUAUUCUUGCCCUGUCACUGGGUUUAUCAGUACCAUUUUUUUAGAUUCCAUAUAACCCUCAUUCAAUAUUCAACAAAUAAUUUUGAGCCUCUUCUGCGUGCCAACCACCUUAUUAGGCACUGGGAAUCCAAGAUGACUGUGUUGCAGUCCCUCUUCAUAGUUUGCUGGCAGAGUAGUAGGAGAGAGACGUGUGGCCAAAGAGCUGUCACAGGUCGCACAGUGGGCACUGUGGUUGCCCAGAGGAGGCCAGAGGCAGUGAGAGAGGCCUGCCUGAAGGAAGUGACUUCUCUGUCUAGUCUUGAAAGAAGAAUAAGAGGAGGAGCAAUCUAAGAAUGAGAGCCAGCCUGGGUAAAAACCCACAGGAGUGCAUGGUACUUUCAAGAAAUCUCUGGGCAUUUGGGGUGACUGAAAUGUUAACAUGGUAUAUUUGAGAGUGUGGGAAAUGUGGACGGAGAGGUGGAGGGGACGGCAGAUCUUUAUCAGGAUGUUUCUGAAAACAGUGUGAAACACUGUCUGCAGAACAGCAAAGCUGGAGCGAGGAUAAACACACGUUAGAAUGGUCCUGGUAGGAAACAAUAGAUUGAGGCGGUAGAGAUGGGAAGGUGAAGAGAGAUUUAAAAUAGGUUAGGGUCUAAAGUUGGUACGCAGGCAUGGGCAGGAUGACCCUAAGGUUUCUAGUGAAUGGCUGGUUGGACUAAGGUGCCUUUGAUGAAGUCAUGGUAUUCAGGAAGAGGAACAGAUUUUGAGAGGGAAAAUGGUGAGUUUCGUAUUGGACUUACAGAAUUUCAGUUACAUUAGAAAUACCUAGGAGGAGAUUCAGUUAGCAGUUGAAAAUGUUAAUCUGAAGUUGAUGUAUCACUUUCUUUUCCCCUGAAAAUUAGAAUAACAUUUACCCAUCUCUGUUCUUCUGAUUCAUAACUUCUUCUUCGUGAUUUCUCAAGGUUAUUGGUAAGGAUGCUUAGGUGACAUUUGCAAGUCCCUUUGUGCCUUGGAUAUCAACUGUACGAUCCUUAAGAAUUAAACUCUUUCCUUUACUCUUGAUUCAGCCGUGUGGAGCUGCUGUCUCUUCUUUUGUCCUUCCCUUUCCAGACUGAAGAUCAUUUUCUUUGAAGAUGUCAGAAGCAAAAUGAUUAGAAUAGUCUUACCUUCUUGCUCAUCUGCAAACCUUUCAUCAUUUUCUACCAAUCAGUAGAACUUCUCCUUUUUCUUCUUUGGCCUUAUUACCCUCCAGAAUCCUGUCAUUCGAGGACUCUUCUUGAAGGUUUAUAUUCCAAAAGACUGUGGCACAACAGGCUUUGGCAUUGGAUAGAUAUAGAUUCAAACCCUGGCUCUAUCAGUGAUUAGCUUUGUAUACAUACUAAAUCUCUCUGAGCCGCAGUGUCUUCAUCUAUAAAAUGGAGAAAGGUAACCACAGCUACCUUUGAGGUUGUGAAUAUUAAAUUAGAUAAUUAAUAUAAAGCGCUUAGCAUAUAGAUGAUAUAUGUGGCAAUGUUUUCUUCUGUCUGUCGUAUUUGUGCCUGGUUGAAGUUUCAGUGAGUAAAAGAUAUGUCUAUGCGCUACAUUUGAGACCCCUCUCAACUUUCCAGUGAUACAGCAAAAUGAAGUGUUACUUUACCCUGUUCUUCCAAACAGCACCUCAAUAUGCCUAUCUCUGAUUCUAGGUCUAACUUUUUUUUUUAUAAAUUUAUUUAUUUAUUUAUUUAUUUUUUUGGCUGUGUUGGGUCUUUUUUUGCUGUGCGCGGGCUUUCUUCUUAGUUGCGGUGAGUGGGGGCUACUCUUCAUUGUGGUGCGUGGGCUCCUCAUUGCCGUGGCUUCUCUUGUUGCACAGCACGGGGUUCUAGACGCGUGGACUUCAGUAGUUGAAGCACAUGGGCUCAAUAGUUGUGGCUCACGGGCUCUAAAGCGCAGGCUCAAUAGUUGUGGCGCACGGGCUUAGUUGCUCCACAGCAUGUGGGAUCUUCCUGGAGCAGGGAUCGAACCCCAUGUCCCCUGCAUUGGCAGGCAGAUUCUCAACCACUGCGCCACCUAGGAAGCCCUAGGUCUAACUUUUUAUAUAAAGAUUUGGGGGGUUGUAUUUUUUGUUGCAGUAGGGUUUGAAUUUUGUAAAUCUACCCCAUGCUGUUCAUAAUUGAGCAGUUAUUUAAAAAAUUAAUUUCCUUUCAGAACUUUUUAAAAAAAUUUUAAUUUAUUAUUUAUUUAUUGGCUGCAUUGGGUCUUUGUUGCUGCUCGCGGGCUUUCUCUAGUUGCGGAGAGAGGGGGCUACUCUUCAUUGUAGUGCACAGGCUUCUACUGCAGUAGCUUCUCUUGUUGUGGAGCACGGGCUGUAGGCAUGCAGGCUUCAGUAGUGGUGGCGCACAGGCUUAGUUGCUCCACGGCAUGUGGGAUCUUCCUGCACCAGGGAUCGAACCCGUGUCCCCUGCAUUGGCAGGCGGAUUCUUAACCACUGUGCCACCAGGGAAGCUCCCCCCCCCGGCCCCCUUUUUUUAACUUGUUUUAUUUUACUACGUCUACACUUCAGAAAACUCAGCAUUGCUCCAAAAAAUU